AUGGAAAGGGGUCAGCGGAAGGGAACCACAUCGCUUAUAAAAUCUGAUACUGAUAAGGAGAUCAGGAAGAGUGACAAGCAAGAGCGACAGUGUGCUGAGUGUGAGGGUUUUGGACAUUACAAGUCUGAAUGUACAAACAACAAACGUAAGAGUUCUCUGCAGUGCUAUGGGUGUAAGGGUUAUGGUCACACUAAGUUUGAUUGUCCUUCACGUGAGAACAAGCAGAAGUCUUACAUUACUUGGAGCGAAAGUGACUCAGAUGAAGAAGUCAGCAAAGGAGAGGUUCUGAACAGCUUCGUGGCACUGCUGGGUGUCAUUGAGGAAGACGAAGAAGAUGAGGUGGUGUUAGAAAACAAAGACAUAGAUGAGAAGGUUGAAUCUGAUUCAGAUGGACAGGAGGCUGAUUUGUCGGUAGAAGAUCAGAUAGAACUUCUCAUCAAGACAGUGUUACAGAAUACCCAAGACAACACCCAGUUGACUUCUGAAAGGGAUACUUUGCAACUGCAUAUUGCAAUGAUCACUAAAGAACUAAGUGAAGAGAAGGCUAAGACUCUGCGUCUUGAGAAGCAGUUAGAAGAACAGCUGAAGAAUAUCAGAAUGCUGAAUAAGGGAACCAAAGAUCUGGAUACACUGCUUAAUGCUAGAAGAUCAAGCAAUCUGAAGUGGGGUUUGGGUUAUCAAGGAACAAACACUAACACGACCACCCAGUUUGUCAAAGGGAUGGGGUCUGAACCCAGACUGAACGAGAAGAAAUUCUCUACAACGACUAGACCAUAUGAUCAGCAUUAUGUGAAGCAGAAUCCAAGAAUCCCAAGGAUGAGGAUGCAGCCUGAUUUGUCUACAAGACCGCCAUAUGCCUCCAGUGGGUUUCAGCAGACGACUCAAAGACCUAAUCGUGUGUCUCGCCUGGUGCAACGUGGUGAGUUUUAUCCAGCUGUGAGAAGAAACACUCAGGGAUAUGUCAGGAAAGAUGAUCUCUACUGUCAGGUGGCAUUCACAGCGGAAAGAACAGAGGUUGAUCAGGCCAAAAAGGUGGCAUUCACAGCGGAAAGAACAGAGGUUGAUCAGGCCAAGUGGUACUUCGACAGUGAAUGCUCCAGGCAUAUGACCGGUGCCCUUGACAAUCUAUCUCAUUUAGAAGAUGUUGCUGGAGGAAGAGUUACUUUUGGUGAUGGAGGAAAGGGAACAAUCCGAGGAAAGGGUACAACUAGUGGUGAAUCUCAACCACAUCUUAAGGAUGUUUUCUUGGUCGAAGGGUUGAAGGCGAAUCUGAUAAGUAUUAGCCAGUUGUGUGAUGAAGGCCUGGAUGUCACAUUUACCAAGAAGGGGUGCAAGGCUGUUGAUCAACAAGGAUCAGUGCGACUCAGAGGCAGGAGAUCUGGUAAUAACUGUUACAUGUGGAAAUCAUCAAUGCAGUGUUUCAACACGACUACUGAGUUGGACACAGAGCUGUGGCAUCAAAAACUCGGUCACCUUAAUAUUCGCACAAUGAUAAAAUUGGCAAAUCAAGAAGUUGUUCGUGGAAUUCCUAAGCUGAAGGGUGACCCGCAUUUCAUAUGUGGUCAUUGCAACAAGGGCAAGCAAGUCAAGGCGUCUCAUGGGCCAGUGGCAGACAUUCGAACUAGUCAUGCACUUCAGCUAGUACAUAUGGAUAUGAUGGGUCCAAUACAAGUUCAAAGCAUAUCUCGGCUACGGUUCAUCUUUGUCAUGGUUGACGAUUUCACUCGUUACACCUGGGUGCGAUUUCUGCGUGAAAAAUCGGAUGCUCUUGAAUGCUUUCGCAUACUUGCCCUGCAGAUUAAGAGUGAAUAA